UUAUUGUAGUAUUUCUUCUAUAAAUACUUUUUGUUGGCUUCUUCAUACAAACCACUCAGGUUACAAACUCUACAAACAAUGAGCUACUACAACCACCUCAUAGUUCCUACCCUUCAAACCGAGACAGAAGCACAGACUCAAACGCAGGAUGCUUCUGACAACAACGUUUGGCGUUUCAGGGGCAGCGACACGGCAGCUAAAGCCUCUAGCGUCAUGAUGAGAGUUAACGUCUACAAGCUCUUCGAUCUUUGCAGCCUCGAAAACAAAAAGAAUCUUCUACCUCUUGGGCACGGUGACCCUGUUGUGUACCUUUGUUUCCGCACGUCCAUCCACGUCGGGAACGCCGUCGUGGAUGUUAUCCGCUCCGGAAAGGGUAACUCCUACGGCCCAGCCGCCGGAAUUCUCCCAGCUAGACAGGCGGUCGCUGAUUACGUGAACCGUGACUUGACGAAUAAGGUAACGUCUAGCGAUGUAUACAUGACCGUGGGAUGCAACCAAGGGACAGAAGUGGUGAUUCAUUCGCUGGCUCGACCAAAUGCUAACAUCCUUCUUCCACGGCCUAGUUACGCUCACUUCGAGGCCCGUUCCAUCUUCAGUGGACUCGAGUUCCGCAAGUACGAUCUACUUCCCGAGAAAGAAUGGGAGAUUGAUCUCCAAGGCAUAGAAGCCAUGUCAGAUGAGAACACUGUCGCAAUGGUUAUAAUAAACCCUAACAACCCUUGUGGAAAUGUCUAUUCUCAUGAUCAUCUCAAGAAGGUUGCGGAGACGGCUAGGAAGCUGGGAAUAAUGGUGAUAGCCGACGAAGUUUAUAGAGAGACAAUCUACGGAGACAACCCUUUUGUUCCAAUGGGGAAGUUCUCUUUGAUAGCUCCGGUUAUCACUUUGGGUAGUAUAUCAAAAGGAUGGAUUGUUCCUGGUUGGAGAAUCGGAUGGAUAGCUUUGAAUGAUCCCAGAGGCCUUUUAAAGUCCACAGGGGUGGCUCAAUCAAUCCAACAUAAUAUUGACAUAAAUCCAGACGUUACCACAGUGUUUCAGUUUGCGCUUCCAGAGAUCCUGGAGAAGACGACUAAAGAGACGUUUGCGGAAAAGAACUUGAUACUGAAACAGAACGUGGAAUUGGUGUGUGAUAGGCUAAAGGACAUUCCUUGCGUGGUCUGCACCAAGAAACCUGAGUCCUGCACUUACUUAUUGGCAAAGCUGGAGCUUUCUUUGAUGGAAGACAUAGAGGAUGAUAUGGAUUUCUGUAUGAAGCUAGCCAAAGAAGAAAACCUCGUCUUGCUACCAGGAGUGGCUUUGGGAUUGAAGACCUGGAUAAGGAUAACGAUCGGAGUAGAAGCUCAGAUGCUUGAGGAUGCACUUGAGAGGCUCAAUGGCUUCUGCAAACGUUAUCAGAAGAAAACAUAAGCUUCUAUUUAAGCUCUGAAGCUGAGUGAAAAUGGCGAAAUCUAAACAUCACUCGUGAUGAAAUAAUUAACCCCACUAGUGUUUCUUGAAUCAUUCAUUUCAAAUACAAAAUUAUUUUUUCUAUUUUUAAUUUUAUUUUUUUUUUCUGUCUGAACUUCUUUUACUCAAUGUCAAUCAAGUCUAUCAAAAUCAAUAACAAAACAAAUUAUCGAUUACAUCUCAUCAAGAAAACCAAAACAAAUUUUUGAAAACUAUAUCUAAACCGGUCGAAAUAAACCACACUGAAAUUGUAAUUAAGUUUUUUCAAAAAUUUGUUUUACCAAUACAUUAAUACUAGAAACAAUCAUGUUCCGCACUUCUGAUAACAUCGAAUUUUUGUUCUACAACACAAUUGAGUCACUAUUUUCUAGCUAAAAUAAUUUUUUUUCUUUGUUUAGAUAUAUUUGGGAAUUAAAUGAUAUUUGUUCUGAAUCCGUUGAACAACCUGUAAU